UGCACUGUGACUCUUUGUCUAUCAGAAGCUGGAUUUUGUUGGUGGGACACAAGACAGAGAACAAAUUCUUGUUCUCCCGAAGGGAGAUACUUUGCCCAUGCUUGUGACUCUCUUUCCGCAGAUACUGAGAGAUAUUACAUGUCUUGCUCAAGGUAACCCAGCUGGAGGACAGCCUUGGCUUCAGCUCAUUUGUCUCUAGAUCCUGUCAUCUUACCGCUGUGCCUUGUUGCCUCUGAAAAGGCAGAAAGAAGUUACUCUCUUUCUAGCUUUGUGGAGAAAAACAGGUGAUACCUCAACACCAAGCCAUAGGGAGCCUCCAGUGACUCUACAAAGAGAAAAAAGACCAACUCAGAUUCCAGAGCAGCCCCAGACCAGAGCCUGAGCAGUUGGAGCCUUCCACCUUCCCACCUCUGUGUUCCUCUUGUCCUUGGGCAUCUCCUGUGUGUGCUUCCGGGAGAUGACAGCAGUGCUAUAGAAGUGUUGGAGUGAAGAUGUUUUCCCAUCCCCUUGGCCUUAGGUAGUGUCUUUGUCUUUGAAGAGUCAAGGGAAUCCGGGGAGCUGUCUAACCAUAUCUAUCCUGUAGACUCGGGAGGAAGCUGCUAGCUGCUACAGACAGAAGAGAAUCCCUGUGCUUUGGGCUCCUAGGAAGGUGUCUGCCAUCCUCUCUGUGCCACUGGUAUCUGUCUUCUUCCCCACCAGAUUAACACCAUCCACCGCUGCAGGGCUCAGCAUGGCACCUUGUACAUGGCGCUAAGCAGAUGCUGCUUGAGAAGAGCAAAUGUUCGUGUCCGGGAAACCUUGUCUCUCCUUGGUCCACAGAGCCCUGCCUGCCCCAGGAAAGGACAGCGUUGGGAGGAUGCUUCAGGACUGCCCCAAGGCCCGCAGGGAGGUGGAGCUGCACUGGCGGGCCUCCCAGUGCCCGCACAUCGUACGGAUCGUGGAUGUGUACGAGAAUCUGUACGCAGGGAGGAAGUGCCUGCUGAUUGUCAUGGAAUGUUUGGACGGUGGAGAACUCUUUAGCCGAAUCCAGGACCGAGGAGACCAGGCAUUCACAGAAAGAGGUAGAAAGGAGGCAUCCGAAAUCAUGAAGAGCAUCGGUGAGGCCAUCCAGUAUCUGCACUCAAUCAACAUUGCCCAUCGGGAUGUCAAGCCUGAGAAUCUCUUAUACACCUCCAAAAGGCCCAACGCCAUCCUGAAACUCACUGACUUUGGCUUUGCCAAGGAAACCACCAGCCACAACUCUUUGACCACUCCUUGUUAUACUCCAUACUAUGUGGCUCCAGAAGUGCUGGGUCCAGAGAAGUAUGACAAGUCCUGUGACAUGUGGUCCCUGGGUGUCAUCAUGUACAUCCUGCUGUGUGGGUAUCCCCCCUUCUACUCCAACCACGGCCUUGCCAUCUCUCCGGGCAUGAAGACUCGCAUCCGAAUGGGCCAGUAUGAAUUUCCCAACCCAGAAUGGUCAGAAGUAUCAGAGGAAGUGAAGAUGCUCAUUCGGAACCUGCUGAAAACAGAGCCCACCCAGAGAAUGACCAUCACCGAGUUCAUGAACCACCCCUGGAUCAUGCAAUCGACGAAGGUCCCUCAAACCCCACUGCACACCAGCCGGGUCCUGAAGGAGGACAAGGAGCGGUGGGAGGAUGUCAAGGAGGAGAUGACCAGUGCCUUGGCCACAAUGCGCGUCGACUACGAGCAGAUCAAGAUAAAAAAGAUUGAGGAUGCGUCCAACCCUCUGCUGCUGAAGAGGCGGAAGAAAGCUCGGGCCCUGGAGGCUGCGGCCCUGGCCCACUGAGCCACCGCGCCCUCCUGCCCGCGGGAGGACAAGCAAUAACUCUCUACAGGAAUAUAUUUUUUAAACGAAGAGACACAGAACUGUCCACAUCUGCCGCCUCUCCUCAGCUGCAUGGAGCCUGGAACUGCGUCAGUGGCUGAAUUCUGCCUUGGCUCUGGCCACCCCAGAGUGGGAGAGGUUGGGAGGUUGGGAGGCUAUGGAGAGAAGUGAGCAAGGUGCUCUUGAACCUGUGCUCAUUUUGCAAUUUUAUCAGUAAUUUGACUUAGAGUUUUUAUGAAACCUCUUUUGUUGUCCUUGCCCCACUCCUCCUCUCCACCAGACGCCUUCCUCUCUGGAUACUGCAAAGGCUUGUGGUUUGUUAGAGGGUAUUUGUGGAAACUGUCAUAGGGAUUGUCCCUGUGUUGUCCCAUCUGCCCUCCCUGUUUUCUCCACAACAGCCUGGGGUCGUCCCCGCUGGCUCAGGCGUUCUGGGAGCUCAAGGCCACCUUGGAGGAGGAUGCCAUGCACCUCCUCUCUCGGAGCCCUCAGACAUCUCCAGUGUGCCAGACAAAAAGGAGUGAGUGUGUGUGUGUGUGUGCACACGUGUGUACGAGUGCGCAGAUCUGUGCCUGGGAUCGUGCAUUUGAGGGGCCAGGGGCAGGCAGGGCUGCAGAGGGAGACGGCCCUGCUGGGGCUUAGGAACCUUCUCCCUUCUUGGGUCUGCCCUGCCCAUACUGAGCCUGCCAAAGUGCCUGGGAAGCCCAUCCAAAUUCUGAACCAGGCCCUCUGUGGCCUGUCUCUGUUCGCUGGGUUCCGGGAGGCAGAGAGGAGUGACCGGGCACUGGCACAGCGAUCAGGAAGACUGGACCCCCAGCCCCAGGGCCCCCUUCCCCCCACUUAGUGCUGGUCCUAGGUCCUCUGAGGCACUCAUCUACUGAAUGACCUCUCUACUUCCCCUUCUUGCCAUUUAUUAACCCAUUUUUGUUUAUUUUCCUUAAAUUUUUAGCCAUUUCUCCAUGGGCCGCCGCCCAGCUCAUGUGGGUGAGCCUGGGCAGCUUCUGUUGACAAAGCUUUUGCAUUUCCUGUGUUUCUCCUGGGUUCUGGGGCAUCAGCCAGCUACCCCUUGUGGGCAAAGGCAGGGCCAUUUUUGAGGUCUUCCCUCAGAUUUCCAUUGUGUGGCCUGGUGGGUCAGGGGGAGUCUUUGCACCAAAGAUGUCCCGACUUUGCCCCCUUGCCCAUCAGCCAUUUGCCAUCACCCCAAACAACUCAGCUUCGGGGCCGGUGAAGGGAGGGGCCUCCCCCAGCACAGUUGAGGAGCAGCUGGGGUAGGCUCUCUGUGCCAUGGCCCCCCACUCCCCCUUCCCUUGGAGGGAGAGGUGGCAGGAAUACUUCACCUUUCCUCUCCCUCAGGGGCAGGUGGUGGAGGGGCACCCAGGGUCGUCUUUGUGCACCGGGGAAGGUGCUGGGCGCCUGCAGCGCCUCCCUUGUCUCAGAUGGUGUGUCCAGCACUCGAUUGUUGUAAACUGUUGUUUUGUAUGAGCGAAAUUGUCUUUACUAAACAGAUUUAAUAGUU